AACGAAUGGUAUUGUCAUUUAAUUUAAUGGGAGCUUUUGCCCAGGCUGUUUUUAGCACUAGUUCUUUGUCAUAUGAAGAUAAGAAUUUUACAAUUACAGAUUUAGAAGAGUUAUUCUUACUUGUUUUAGAUGAAGCAAAAGAUCUGUGCGCCCUUUCAAUACCAUAUGAGAAGGCUUCUGGAAACUGUUGUAUAGCUGACUAAGUGAGUGCGUUAUGCAGAUAAUGGAUGUGACAGCACUGAGCAAUGAUGAUUUGCAGAAACAGUUGAUUAAGCAUGGUAUGACACCAGGACCCAUAGUAGCCACUACCAGAGGACUUUAUGAGAAGAAGCUACUGAUGUUGAUGGGGCAGGGGCCAACAGCACCCCCAGUUAAACAAAAUGGGCAAGGAGACUUUGAUCAGUAUUCAGACAGUGAUGAGGACAAGCAAGAUUAUGAAAAACGUGUGGAACCAGAAAUUAAUAGCCGAAACAGAACCUGCAAUUCCAACCAUAACAGGAUAAAACCUACUUCAAAUAUUGCUGCUUUCAGUGCUGCAGGUGAACAAGUAGAGCCUACGCUUAGCAUUACAAAGAUGGUCGCACAGCUGGAAAGAAAGUCUUCAAUCUCUGCAUCUACGGAAGACUUCAGCAUUCAGGAGGAUUGCCAUCAAGCAGAGGAGAAAGUCAUGAUUGACAAGAACACAAUGACCUGUACGUCGAGGUUCAAUACACCAGUUAUUUCGCCAUUUAGUAGAACAAAUGGAUACAAGGGAGAAAGCUUCAUGCUAAAAGAUGAUGUACUAAAAGAGCUGUUUCCAGAAGAGCGCGUCUCCCCAACUGGAAUAAGCGCAACUAAACGAAAGCCGAUUAAAGGUGCUGCAGGACGACCUAUCCAGUUUACCCAUGAGGAUAUUCUGGCCAAGAUGAAGGCAAGGGAGCAAAUGAAGGUUGUUGUAAAAAAUGUACAAAGCCAACCAAUUGUUCCUGUGUGGUCAAAGGUCUUGCUUAUCCUCCUCAUCAUUUCGGUGUUUUAUCUUGUAUAUUAUGUCAUGGAGAUGAAUGAAGAGAACCCCUUUUCACAGUUGUUGGACCAGAGCAAUAUGGAUGAACCAUAGAAACUAUAUACCCAGAAGAGAAAAUGGUUUUACAUUUUUUUUCCUUUUUCUUAAAGCAUACUGUUGCAUAAUGUUUUACUUGUGACCUGUUGGACAAGCCAUUUUAAUUUUCGUUGAAUAGAAUCCAUAUUCUUCAUCAUAUAUAUACCUGAUGUAGCAGAAUUUACUUCUGGAUUACUUUCCUGUAAUUCUAGCCUCUCUUGAGCCUGUCAGAAAAGCAGGAAUCCUGCUACCAAAGAGGCAAACUGGAUGUCGGUGUCAAAUUUUAUUUAUUUUUUUUUUUGUGCCUGUGUGAGAAUAUCACUGAUAAGCUGAAAGUUGUGGCCUCUGUCAAAGAUUAAAAGGCCACAUUUUCAAAACCACUUUAAUGAACUAAUUUGUAAUAUCAGCAUUUAUCUGAAUCUGUUCCUUUUUGUAGUUUUGUUCACUUUGUUCCAUAACAUCAUACCACGUGCAGAUUCUUGAGAAUGCUGCUGCUGGUUGCCUUGUUUGUCUGCAUGGAGACGGUGACUACAUACGGCUAUUUAAAGCAAAAGAUGCUGUCUUCUUUGUAAGUUUGUUUAUGCCGCUAACAUUGAGGUCUAUAAAAAUAAUUUUAAUAUUAAUUGUAAGCUUUUAACUACAUCAGUCAAAGAUGUUCACUUAUUUAAUAAAGUUUAUUCACAUUUUGUAUUAGA